UGCACGAAGCUGUCCGAGAGACACUUGUGGAUAGAUAAGUUGCGCACAAAGGGUUGCGGAGGAAAUAACACUUGAGAAUUGCUUCUGCAAUUCUAAAUUUUGUUUUAAGAUCAGAAGUGAAACCAAUUGUUUCUUUUUAAAGAGCAGAGAAUGAAUCGCUUUCACCUGUUCGUGUUUUUAAUUGGGAUGUUCAUUGCGGACAGUCAAGCAAUAAUCAGAAUCCCUCUGUACAAGAUGCGCACUGUGCGCCGCAUGCUGGCGGAGAAUGGGAGGACUAUUGACGAGAUCAAAUCCAUGGCCAGACAGAAAGCCUCCGAAGUCAAACUUUCAUCAUCAGCCACAACAACACAUUCACCAUCACCAACAAAACUGCCCCCACCUGUAGAGAAACUCACCAACUUCAUGGAUGCUCAGUAUUUUGGAGUGAUCAGUAUUGGCACCCCUCCUCAGGACUUCACUGUGCUGUUUGACACGGGAUCAUCCAACCUCUGGGUUCCUUCGAUUCAUUGUUCCUACCUGGACUUUGCAUGCUGGUUGCACCGUCGUUACAACUCUAAGAAAUCAAGCACUUAUGUUCAGAAUGGCACCGAGUUCUCGAUCCGAUACGGCACCGGGAGUCUCUCUGGCUUCAUCAGUCAGGAUGCAGUCACUUUGGCCGGGCUGAAGGUGCCAAAGCAGCAGUUUGCAGAGGCGGUCAAACAGCCUGGGAUUGUGUUCGCGGUGGCACGUUUUGAUGGCAUCCUGGGCAUGGCAUACCCCGCCAUUUCUGUAGAUAAGAUUACGCCGGUGUUUGACACGGCCAUGGCUGCCAAAAUCCUGCCCCAGAAUAUCUUCUCGUUCUAUAUAAACCGGGACCCUGCAGGUGCGGUUGGAGGUGAGCUGAUGCUGGGAGGCUUGGACCAGAAGUAUUUUGACGGUGAUCUGCAUUACGUCAACGUCACACGAAAAGCCUACUGGCAGAUAAAGAUGGAUGAAGUUCAGGUGGGUGGCACUCUUACCCUCUGCAAAAACGGAUGCCAGGCAAUUGUUGACACGGGGACAUCAAUGAUCACGGGGCCGGUUCAAGAGGUGCGGGCCCUGCAGAAGGCCAUCGGAGCCGUUCCACUGCUGAUGGGAGAGUACUGGAUUGAUUGUAAGAGGAUUCCAUCACUUCCUGUUGUUUCCUUCAGCCUGGGAGGGAAGAUGUUUAACUUAACUGGAAAGGACUAUGUUUUGAAGGUGACUCACAUGGGUGUGAGUGUUUGUCUGUCUGGCUUUAUGGCUAUGGAUAUCCCGCCCCCCGCCGGGCCGCUGUGGAUUCUGGGAGAUGUGUUCAUCGGCCGUUACUACACGGUGUUUGACAGGGAGGCAGACCGCGUGGGCUUUGCUCCCGCUAAAUGAAAAGAGAGAAAAUCGCAUUAUUGUAUUUUACUGGACCAUUAGCAAUACAGAAAGCACUGCUUGAAGUUGUUAAAUCUCUUGCCAUUUGAAAUAUGCAACAUAAGAAAUUCAACACAUUUCUGACUGAUGGGAUGUUUUUCCAAGUAUGAAACUCAAUGCCUGAAAAAGAGCUCUAGAACACUCGCUUGUUUUUAUUUUGCACUGAUUCUAUCGAUUAAGUCAAAGUAUGCUUUUUAUUUUAUAAUUAACCUAUUGUUUUUGUAGAAACCUUUACAAAGAUUGAUUAAAUUGCCUGUAGAAGAAUAGCACGCUGUAUUUGUGGCCCUCUUAUGUGUUUUAGUGUUCUUUUGUCAGUUGACUUUUGUAUGUGUGUGUAAACCAUUUUGAUAAUAUUGGUGUGAAUUUAUGGAUUUAUCCUGAAACGUAAAGCUGAUAAAGACUACUUGACAUCUUUAUGGUUUAAUCAUCACUCAAGCUUUCAUAACUCAAAAUUGCAGCAAAGGUUCUUCCAAACCUGAAGUUAAAUAAAGUGUUGUUUGUA